UGGAAAUGGGGAUAUUUAUGGUAAAUGUGGAGGGAUGGGGUGAAGACGAAGUCACGAAAGCUUAAGAUGGAGUCGCGCGGACACUCUAACCCGCUUCUGUCAUUUUCGAGCUUCAUCCAUCAAAACUGCGUCCGUCUAGGCUCUCACCUUGCGACGCGUUUGGAUGACGCCAAGCGAACCCUAGCUCAAGCUCAUCAUCAUCUGUCACUCCCCAAACACGCCCUCGCCGCUACUGCUACUUUGGGUUCCCAGCAUGUGGCUAAGUCCCUCGUCGGCACCUCUGUUUACACCGUCAGCAAUUCCAAUAAUGAGUUCGUUCUUAUUUCGGACGCCGACGGAGCUAAGUCCAUUGGAUUGCUUUGCUUUCGUCAAGAGGACGCCGAAGCCUUCCUUGCUCAGGUUCGAUCGCGGAGAAGAGAACUUCGAGGCAAGGCUAGGGUUGUACCAAUUACUCUUGACCAGGUAUAUAUGUUGAAGGUUGAAGGAAUUGCUUUCCGAUUCUUACCUGAUCCAGUUCAAAUAAAGAAUGCUUUGGAGCUCAAACCAGCCAACAAGGGAGGCUUUGAUGGAGUUCCUGUUUUUCAGUCAGAACUUUUGGUUGUGAAGAAGAAGAACAAACGUUAUUGCCCUGUGUAUUUCUCAAAGGAGGAUAUUGAGCAGGAGUUGUCCAAGGUUUCCAGGGCAUCCAGGGGACCCGGUGUUUCUCAGAAUAUAGCGGUUGGUAGCUUGGAAGAUGUAUUGAAAAAAAUGGAGAUGAGUGAAAGGAACUCAGGAUGGGAGGAUUUAAUUUUUAUUCCACCAGGAAAAAGUCACUCUCAACACAUACAAGAAAUUAACGAAUGAUUCCUGGGUACGAACUUAAGCUAACCAUAGUUUUAUAUGGUUUUCUUGAGCAAAUUGGAUGCUAUUGUUGUCACAUUCCACUGGGCUGGUGAGAUGUCAGGACCUCUGCCUUCCAACAAUUGUGUUGUUCUUCCUUCUCUUAUCAAUAAAAAAAUUCCUUCUGAUGCAGAUACUGCUUUAAAAUUUUUCAGUGGAUAUAAGGUAUAUGUGUAUGUGAGAGGACAUAACCGCUAACGUCCAUUUCAAUUAAGAGGUCCGUGGAACCACCAUUGUUGAGUAUGCUAAAUACCAAAUGUAUGAGGGGUGUUCUUACUCAUACAUAUGUACAGUUUAUUUAUUUUGACAGAAGUUGUAAUUUUAUUCCUUGAGUUCUACUUUUAUGAGUUCAGGGAGAGAAUGAUCUUCAUUUACAUUUGAUAUCCAUUCUGUUUUUGAAGAUGAGAUCUAGAAAAUUUUGGUUUUAUUAUGAUGGGGAUGGUUGGGCAGGCCGCUGUGCUACGGAUUGAAGGAUGUUAUCACAAUUGAUGAUCACCCUUUUUGGUGUUUUGGAUACAUAAUUGGUUUAUUCACAACCUGAAGUAGUGAUUUACCUUAGUCCUAAAAGACACAGUUGAGCUACUGCCGGUCGUCAUUUCAUUGUAUGAUUGAAACGGGGAGCAUCCCAUUGGUUUCAUAUGUUGUCCCCACUCUCACUUAGUCUA